AUGUUCGUAAACCUUCACGGGCUCGGCAUUAUGAACGACUGUGAUAUCAUCAUCGUCAAAGCUCCGCCGCACCCGAGUGCUUCCAUUAUUUGCAUUUGCAUUGCUAUUGUCAGCGGCAGCAGAUGUUAG